AUGGACGGAAAGCAUCAAGGAGGAGGAGGACAUGGUGUUGCUGCUGCUGAUUACGCGAGUUCGUUGGGACCCGGCUAUCGUUUUUGUCCAACAGAUUCGGAACUCAUCGUUUACUACUUGAAACCCAAGAUUGAGAGACAGAUUCACCCAAGGUUCGCCCGGUUCUACGACGUCAACAUCUACGAUUACCAUCCAAAAGAACUUGCUGCAAAAUACGCGGGGUGUGAAGACAAGUGGUACUUUCUGACACGAAGACAACCCAAGUAUGCAAACGGGAAAAGGCCUAACCGACAAACCAAGGAUGAGGGAACCUGGAGAGCCUCACAGUGCUACACACAAGUACUGGCGGAAGAUUCCGAUGGAGGAGUCGUUGGAUUUAAAAGAAGUCUGGCUUAUUUUGAACACCACGUUAAGAAGACGGACUGGCUGAUGCACGAGUACACCAUCACUGAUGACAACAAGAUGAACGAUUGUGCUCUGUAUAAGAUCUAUAAGAAGGAAAGUAAAAAGAAGCGGCUGCGGACUACUAUUCAAGAAGAUCAAAGGAAUGAUUAUGCAUCAGUAGUGCAACAAGUAGCUGAUCAAGAGGAGCAGCAGCAGUCACAUGAAGAUCAACCUGCUGCUGCUAUAAAAAGAAGAAGAAGAUCAUCAUCAUCGCAAGGAGGAGGGAACAAUUGCCCGCUGCAAGAAAACCACAACAAUCAACCUCAACAAGUUGUUGAUGGUGACGUCGAUGAGUUAUUGGCACCACAUCACAAAGAUUAUGAUAAAAAUAACAUCAACUCAUUAAUCAUGCUGGACGAGGAGGAGGAGGUGGUGCAGCCGCCGUAUGAUCAUAAUAAUAAUAAUAAUUGCCUGCUGCAAGAGAACAACAACCCGCCUGCACCUCUACAAUUAAUUGAUGAUGCUACUACAAGUGUGCUGACUACUGCGGAUCAUCAAGCAGUUGGUGAUGUAGUGAUGGAUGAGUUAUUGGCCCAACUUUACUACAAGGAUUAUUAUGAUGACCCUACAAUUGAUAAUGAUUCUAAUUACUAUAACAUCAUCGACUCAUCAUCAGUAUCCAUGGAGGAAGUACUGGUGCAGCCUACUCAUCAAGAAGAAGAUAACGACGGGUUCGAUGAGAUAGAGGCCCUUCUUUACAGCCAAGAUGAUGAAGAUCAUCAGAAUAUUGGUCAUAAGCAGCAAUACGAUUCCAUGCCAGCUGCUGAUGAAGAAGAAGAUAAUUAUGAUGAAGUUGAGGUUGCUAAAUUCAUGAAAAUGCUUACUUACUGCUCAAGAUGA